AUGGGGUGCUGUGAGGAGCAUAAGGUGAGCUAUGCCACCUACUUGCUGUGUGGGGAAGUGGAAGACUGGUGGAGGUUUGCCAGUCAGACAUUGCCACAAGAGGGUGACUACAUUCAGUGGGAGACCUUCAAGGCAAUUUUCCUAGGGAAUUACUUUCUCCGGGAUCUGGGGAAGCAGAAAGCCCAUGAAUUCCUUGAACUGAAGCAAGGAAGCAUGAUAGUGGGAGAAUAUGCAGCAAAGUUCCAAGAGCUGAUGAAGUACUGGCCUCACUACCAACAUGGGUAUGGUGAGGAGGACUUGUGUGCUCAGUUUGAGCAAGGGCUGAGGCCAAACAUCCGAGCUGCAGUUAGUGUGUUCCAGUUAAUAGACUUGCCUAUUCUGGUGAGCAAGAGUAGAAUCUUUGAAGCUAACUCAAAGGGAAAGACAGUGGACACUGGGGGAGCCGGGCCAGUGAGACAAGAUAGAACACCCCAUAGAUUCUCCAAAGGGCUGUAUUUGGGUUCUAGUCGUUCACAUUCCAGAGGGACUUCAUCUCAGGAGAGGAGCAGUGAUACCGGUUCUGGCUCUGGUUCAGGAACGGGCUCUUUUAAAGGACCGCUUAAAUGCUUAAGGUGUGGAGGACCACACAUGGUGAAGGACUGCCUAUAG